GCGAUGAUGAUGUUUGUGCCGAUUGACGUUUGUAAAGGUUGGCAAUAAUAAAAACUGUGUGUGUGGUAAAGAAAGAAAAAAGAAAACACCAAUAGUUUUACAUUGGAAAAAACUUAGAAUUUCUCACGAAACUAGUAAAAGGUUACUAUUCCAACAAAAUGGAUGAACUACUCGGUCAAGUUAUGUUACCACCAAUAACUUUUAAAAACUUUUUAGCCGAUUACAAGAAAAUGUUUCGACCACCCCACACCUUGCCAAGUGCCGAUAUUAAUAUACAACAAAUUUUAAACCUAAAUGAUAAACAAUUCAAAUCUAUCGAAGAAGCAUGUUCGCUCGAUUAUUUAGAUCAUGAGGAUGAUGCAAGAGUUGUAGAUUUCGUACCGGGAUUUUCCGAGACCAAACGUGUGCCAUACGUAAGUGCUCCAAUCAAUGAAAUUACAUUGAAAUCAUUUGCCGCCGCUGCGAAAUGCAAGGAACCCCGAAAAUGGGGAAAUCCAUUUAAAAGAGGUCCUGAGAUAUAUUAUAACUAUCGUACGCCUCUAAAGGAGAAUCUGUGCAGUUCUACAGUUCUUUUGCCAGAUCAAGAACUUAAAAUUACCUUACGUCUGUAUAGGCCAGCACGUGUAACACACACUGGGCGCACCAUAGAACGGCCAGUCUUUUCUCAAGAAUUUGAAUGUUUGGGUUCAAAUUUGUUGACUGAAUUGCGCGACAAAAUGUAUUGCAUAUGUAAUGAUAAACGCUUCUUCGAUGUCAGUGAAGAACCUGAAGCACCUCUGCCAUCCAAGGAAACCGAUCCAGGUUUUUUCUUUAUCAACGAUACGUUUUACAAUGACAAAAGAAAUCCCUUAAAUGCUGAUUACUCAGAAACUAUACGCAACUGGGCAAAGAAAGCCAAAGGUUUAUCGAAUUUAGAUUUUAAGGUAGCACGCAUGGAGGAGACCCGCCUCAUUGACUUAACAGCAAGCAUGGGAUUUCCCCAACUGUACCAGCAUCACGGCAAUUGUGAGCACGUUUUUGUCUUUUCCCAAUUGGAAGUGAUUACAAAUCCGCCAAAACAACUUCUGGAGUUGCAGCAUUAUCCACGCGUGAAAUCCGUAAAUCGUUUUACAUCGCGAUCAUGCCAUAUAUGCAGUAAAGUUAAUUAUGUAUUUGUUGUUGAGGGCAGUGAUCGCCUGCUUACUGAUCCUGCCUACUUAUGCCGCAAAUGUCUUAUGUCCUAUCAUUAUAUAGAUGGCAAAAAAGUUGGACAAUUUCGUGCGUAUCGUUUAAAUGAAGAUUUAGCUCUUGCAACAGGCGAUCCGACAGAUCAAAAUUCCCAUUUCGAAAUGAAUAGUGAAGACGAGAAUAAUGCUAUGGAUAAUAUGUUGAAUGAUUCCGAAGAAGAAAAUGAGAUGGGCAAUGAGGCUAUGAUCAAAGAAGAAACCGUUGUACAUUUUAAGGAAGAAAAAUGAAAAGUUAUUACGAAGUUAUUGUGAAAUAAAAGUGUAUAUGUACACAACAC